AUGAAUAAAAUCGAACUUGCAGAAACAUUGAUAGAAAACGCCCUUUUUUCCGAUGUUAUCAAGGCUAUCUCUGAUAAAUUUAAAACAUUCAAAGGACAAAUUAAAAAAGAUGGAGAGAUAGUCGAGGAAGGGAAUCACAGACAAUACAUGUCGCUCCUCGGUUUCAAUGCCAAAACUUUUCACAAUAUCUUUUCAAAUAUGGACAAAAAAUCCGAUGCUUCCGAUUGGUAUUUUACAGGAAAAAUAAUUUUAAUGAAAGACAAUUUCCAAGAAAUCAAAAGGUCGAGAGUUGGUAGAGGAGGAACUGAUCUACUUAAAAAGAUGAAUGAAUACGAAGGCGAAAAUUGUUUCAUACCUACAGAUGGUCACUGUUUUAUCAAAUGUGUCAAUCGUGUUUUAAACGAAGACUACACGAGAGAAUUUCAAGAAUACAUCAACGGGUUUUCAAAAGCAAAUAGAAAAGGAGUGAUGACUUGUGCUAGAAUGAAGGAAUUCAACAAGAAAUUUAACACUUCGUUUCAAAUUUAUAAUCCCAAAAACAGACAUUUUCACCCCAGAGACGUACAUGAUGAAUUAGAUUGGGUUUUUUACUUACACAACUCCUGUCUGAUUAGAAGAAGCCAAAAAAGUUUGGGAAUUCAAGAAAUAGAAGACAAUUACGAACAGGUGUGGAAAACGUGUAGAGACGACAACGCAGUAACACAGGUUUCACCUCUCAAACUAAACGUGCUUUCAAGUAUGAGUGAUGAUGCGUUAUUCGCUUGGGAUUGCGAAACGUAUUCAGAAAAAGACACGCGAAGAGCAAUUCCUUAUGCCUGCACUUUAAUUAAUUUAGAAAAACUAAGAAAAAAGUUAGAAACGAUAAAAAAUAUCUUUCCAAAUAUAAAUCCUACUGAUAAUGUUCCAGAAGAAUUUUAUGAUAAACUAAUGAAUGUAGUAGAAAUAUUUGGUUGGUAUUAUUUAUAUCAUUACGAUAAAGAAAUGGUGGAAGAAGAAUGGUAUAAAACUACUCGAAUGGUUGCGAAACAUACCGAAAAAGAAAAUAUAGAAAAAGUUUAUUCGCACACUAAUCAUUUUAUAAGAAAUUUUAUCAGACGAUCUAUUAAAGGAGGAAGAGUUUCGGCAAAUAGAAAAUCAUUUGAAACGAACAAAAUGGAUGAAAUUUGUAACGUAUUAAAGGAAUAUAUUUCACAAACAGAAAGUAAUAACAUAAUUGAUUUAUUCAAAGAAUACAGCGCAAGCACAAAAGACAAAACGGAGGUUCAUUCGAGACUUAAAAAAAUAGAAUGUACUAAACUAAUGGCAUUUGAUGCUAACGGUUUAUACGCUUCCGCCAUGUCGGAUUUAGACAGUGAAUAUCCAAGAGCGGAAAGUGGAAGAGCGUUUCUACCAGAAGAAGAAAAAGAAUUUGUAAAACUCUUCAAUAAACAAAAAUUCAGACCUAGAACAGCUAUUUUAACAGUGUGGUUUGACUAUCCCAAAAACAUGUUCUUCCAACCGAUACCAGCUAAAGAUAAAAUCACUUUCACGAAUAAAGAAGGUAAAAAGGAAACUGGUAACAAAAUCAGGUUCAGAAAUGGUUUCUGUCACGACGUUUUAACAUCGGUCGAUAUUCAAGAAAUAGUUAAAGCCGGUGGGCUAAUUAUUAAAAUAUUAGAUGGUAUAGUUUACGAAGAAAAUUUUAAAACUCCACCUUAUAGAGAUUAUAUUUUAAUUUUGAGAGAUUUAAGAAAUAAAUAUAAACGAGAAGGUAAUAUCGUGGGUAGUAAUUGCAUGAAAUUAUUAGGUAAUUCCUUGUAUGGUAAAUCAAUUCAGAAAGAUAUAUUCACAACUAGACAUUUAUGGAAUGAAGCAACUUUACAGGCCAACUUUGAUUCACGCGUUAAAACCUAUGAGAAAAUUAAUGAUACUCAAUAUAUUGUUGAAACAGAAAUUGAAGAAAAAGAGAUUACUACCGAAGAUAGUAAAUCUACACGACUAACACAAAAUAAUAAAAAACAAUUUGCAUUUUUUCUAAUGAACAUAGAGUCCAUCCCGUAA